AAUACGUGCGGAUUGCGAACCCUGUGGUCGUUGUCGAUGGCGAAACUGGCCGUGAAUCCCUGUAUUCGAGUCUUGUCUUGUCCGAAGAGUGUGUUCUGCUCGCAUUGCUUGGAUUUCGCUCCUGGCUGACAAACGAACGAGCUUCGCAGGCUUGCAAUUGACCAUCUGCUGCAGCAGCCGUCUGCAGUGGUUGUGUUGUGGUUUUGUGCUUUCCGUGCUUUUGUGUGUUUUUAAUUUUUUGAUAUUUAUUACUUUUUUCGGAGUCCGGGUUUCGUUUUCCUCAUUCCUGCGCUCGCGGUGUGGAUUGGAGUCCUACCUCGAAACUAUGGCGUCUGCUGUUGCUACUACUGCCUAACGUGGUCAUCGACCUCGCAACACCCGAGGAAAUUUGACAAUGUAGUUUCAUCGAAUUCCUCUGUAGUCGUGCGGGAGGGAGGAUGGGGUUGGAUAAAGAAGGGAUUUGUAUAUUGCGGCCUCAUACGACGUGUUUGACAGAAUGCGUCGAGGGGAAGGUUUCAUCACGUUGUGACUGCGAGAAGUGGACAUCAGUGGGGAAAUUUGUCGACGUUUUAGGUGUCGUGGAACUGGAGGAAAUCAAGGCUGAUAUUCUCAAAUACCUCUACUACUUUCUGUCUUCUUCUGCAGCAACGUUCAAGUAUCCACCGUUGGGAUCAAAUGAAGAUAUUAUGUUGUCAGCCGUCGUAGGAGAGACAGAAGUUUAUAUCAUUUACGAUGAUCUAGUGGCCUUGCAUAACUACCUCCUUCGAGAGGUCGGUCGUCAUGUUCCUCUCUUUUCUGCGAAGGAUGAUAAGUUUGGUGAAAUACACUUCGUUUUCCCUCCGACUCUUCUAGAACUUAAAGUGACUGCUCUAACCUUACGUUGCUGCAUAAGGCUGCUGCCUCUGAUGGAACUUUUCGACACUGGCUUACGAAAUGUCAUGGGGAUGGGCCUGAAUAAUCUAUUACAGAAGAUCGGUUCACCUAGAGAACCGUGCUUGCUUUCCAAAAAUGCUUUUGCUUUACAAAGGGCAGCUUCUAACAUUGACCCUCACAGAGCCCCUACGCUUUGUGCCCUGCUGGAGGUGUUUAUCGACGAGCUGUCGUGUUAUUCUAAGACUCAAUUGGUUCUAGUACAAGAUACGAAGCUUGAGUUGGGAGAUCCCAGUACAUCUCGGCUCAUACUGGAGGCUACACUUGCGCAUGUGAUGAUAUCUGCUCAUGGGCCUGAAGAACUGCAUGAUUUAAGAGCUCGAGUCUGCGAGCUAAGCUUGCAGUCGGCGGUGAAGUUACUUGACAGAGUUAUUACUGACAAUGUGCCACGAUAUUUACUGUCACAUGUUGUCAGAACAGUAUCCCGAGCUUUGCAAGGUUCAGCGUGCAUUUCUGAUAGCUCUCAUUCUUCGGUGAAGCUGGAACAGGAGUUCCAAAAGAACCGAAAGAAGUGGUUCUCCCGAUUUCCAAUCGCAGGGCAUUCUAAUGAGGCAGCGAGUGACAAAAUUAAUACGUGUUUUUCACCGCAUUCGAACAGCUGGCAAGUUAAUAUCUGGCUUGUUUAUUCAGUUCUUGAGAGAGGCGUCUCACUAUAUAUGAAAUUCGCAUCUGCACCUCACCUGGCAAACUUGGGAAGAUGUUUGGAUGAUGGUCAGUUGCCAUCUGGUGCCGUAUCAAAUACAGUAUUAGCCUCAUGUCUUUGGAAAUAUGUGUGCCAUCGGGGUCAAAUGAGCCAAGAGUGCGAGUCUGCUUUGGAAUCAAUGUUGAAUGACGCUACUCUGCGGAAAGGACUUGAGGAGUCCAUGGACCAGACUUAUUGUCAUGAUCAUCGCCAUAUGCAAGGACUAGGACAAGAGGCUGAUCUUGUUCAUCAGGUCUUGUAUCCUAAUAGCAACAUUGAACGGUCAUCUGGGACUUAUUUCUGUGGAAGAGAGCUUUGUAAUGUACCUGUUUGGGAAGAAGAUCAGUCGACAUUGAUUUCUGAUGUACUGCAUUUGAUGCACUCUGCUCUAAAUUUCAUAACAGGAAAAGUGCGAUUAGUUGGGGAAAGUUUUCAAGAUAACCUCGCAGCCGAUAUGACCAGAGACGAUAUUGAUAAUAUUUGGUUAGGUCUCAUUGGUUCUUUCCAUCAAUGUCUGCCGUUUGCUAGGGACAUCACAGCUGCGGACAGUGUGGGCCAUGUGAUAGUGUUUUUCACAGACAUGUUGUACUAUGAAGCUAAAAAGUCUAUUUCUGACAAGAAGUUGCGAGAGUACUUAGAGUUAUUGGAAUCAUUGACGAUUUCGUUGCUUUUGGAGCAUACAUGGAGAAAAAACAGGUCAUUCUCUCUACCUGUUGACGACAUGUUUGGACAAAAUGGAACAAUGGAUGUGGACUCAUGCAGUAGAGAAGCACAGGAAUCAAUAUCACCGAGUUGCUAUGCUAGCAAGGUUGUCAGUUCAUUGCAGAAGUUUCUUGAAGAACCACAACUUCUGGAGAUGUUGGGUGGAAAUGCUGUUUCGAUCAUUUAUCAAAUCAAUUUUUUUCUCAACGAUUUUUGUGAGUUCAUGGACAAUGUACUGUCUACAAAUGCCUGGCGAGAAUAUCUCCCCGCAAAUGGGAGGCGUGAUUUGAUAAAAGGACCAGAGGUGGUGCAAAGAGAGGUUGAUGAAGUUGAUAGGAACGCAUGGGCGGCUGAUCUUGAACAUGACAUGCAUAUCUUUAAAGGGUCACCAAGUCCAGAGGAGAAGCGAGAACCUUCGAAACAUCAGCUCUGUGGUAGAAACAUUGAUGAGCAGCAGAGUCCAGGUAUGGAGAGGGAACCUGCGCAGCAUAAUCAUUCACGUUCUGUAAACGUUGAAAAGCAAUUACAUCCAAAUGAAGAGAGAGAAUCUUCAGAGCAUCAGCCAUGCUCUGCACACCUUGGCUUGGAAAAACAGCAGCUGCGGCCUUCAACAUUACCAAUCCUUAAAAGGUUGAUGAAACAUCGAAUCCGUUCGGCAAAGUCCAGUGACGCUUCUCCACAGAGGAAACUUGUAUUAGAAGGUGAAGAGGAAACUCCCAAACUUAGGCCAGUGCGCAAAUGUAGACGAAUGGCAGAGGAUGAGACCUCAGACAUUCCCACUGGGGCUGAGGGCAACUCAUACGUGGCAGAGGUGUUACUGCUUGAAAAGACUUCUAGCAAGGAGAAUUACGAUGACUUGAAUGAUUUUAUUGUUUGCAAGCAAGGUCGUAGUUAUACCAGGUGGUUAAAUGGACGGACCAGAUACAGGAGGCGGAAACGGAACCGGGAAAUUUGGAAGCGGGCUGAAGAAAAACAAAAGCUCCUCUCUAUGUUGAGCAUUGUAUAAUUGCAUGAUAGAGUUAGAUUUGUACAAUAGGCAUUCUUUUGAAUACUCUGGAAGAUAAAGCAAGAUCAAGUUGCUACAUAGCCUUCAGUUUAUGUAAAUUAUUAGUCCAAGCAAUCAUUUUGCUCAAUCAAGCAUUGGGGCAAGUGUGAGGUGCUUUGAUUACUACCAAUGACCAUAGAUGCAGUAGGUGGUUUAAAUGUCUCUCAUUUGCAUGUAAUCUAAUCAAAAUGUAAAAUGGCCGCCCUUUGAAGUAACGAUUCCUGGA